AUGAGUUCAGGUAUUGGCACUAUUGUUCCAAGCAAUACCGACCCGGAGCUAGAAGCUUGGUGGGAGAAGUUUAUAGCCGAAAAACGAAAGGAUGAUGCUCAAGAUGAAGAUAUUCGUCAACAAUGGGAUAACUUUGCUGCGCGAAAAUUGAAGUUUAUGCGCGAGUUUCGCAUUCUUACUGAUUUAUACGAGCCAACAGCAAAGGUUGUUAAUUCAAUUCUCUCGAAUGACUACGCACACAGAGGCCAAAAAUUAUACGCUGAGUGGUGUAAAGUUGGGAAGAAGGAAUGUCUUCUUGCUUAUUACGAUACUCCAGUAUUUCGUGCAAUUUAUACCAAUUAUCGAUUUCUUAGCAGUGCUACAAGCUUUUUACAGGCCCUAGUAGAACGCUUAAUUCCAGAGCAUCCAGACUUGGAGACUUAUCUCCUACAAAGCGUCCAUCGAGUAAUUACCGUUGGAGUUGGACCAGGUUCAGAUAUUGCCGCUUUUCUCGCCUACAUUCGUUGCCGAGGGGUGAAAAAUCGUCUGGUCUACUAUGCCAUAGAUCAGAGUGAGGGUUGGUCUACCUUUCUCAGUGCUUUUGACCGUCACUGGUCCAUGGUGCACAACUUCACCAUUUGGUUCAAACCAUGGAGGUUUGGAAAGAGAGAUGAUGUGGCUUGCUUGCCGGAUGCUGAUAUGUUGGUGUUCAGCUUUUCUAAUACUACACUCAUGGAUAAGGCCAUCUGGCCUCUACUUAUGGAAAGGUACAAGUUCAUUCUGGUCUUGGAUGGCAUGAAAGAUCGAGUUGUAACAAAUCUGGGUGCAGCCGGGUUUUCGGAUUUCCGCUUGUCGGAGAAGACAACAGUCUAUUACCACUUCUCUGGUCUUCAAGAAUCUCAAACGGAUAUCAGUACUGAGACAACAGCUGAAGGUGUUUCCACUGGACCCAAAGAGUAA